AGGUGAACGGGAAGGAGCUCUCCAAGCUGUCUCAGGAGCAAACCCUGGAGGCCCUGCGCUCCUCCAAGGAGCCCCUGGUGAUCCAGGUGCUGAGACGCAGCCCCCGCCUCCGGGGGAGCAGCGCCUGCCAUGAGCUGCAGCUGGUGGACAGCGGCACUCAGACUGACAUCUCCUUCGAGCAUAUCAUGGCGCUGGGCAAGCUGCGCCCGCCCACCCCGCCCAUGGUCAUCCUGGAGCCGGACGUCCUGUCUGAGCUCCCCCCCAUCAGCCAUGAGUAUUAUGACCCAGCGGAGUUCAUGGAGGGCAGCCCGCAGGAGGCAGACCGUGCGGACGAGCUGGAGUAUGAGGAGGUGGAGCUGUGCAAGACCAGCCACCGGGACAAGCUGGGCCUCAUGGUGUGCUACCGCACAGACGACGAGGAGGACCUGGGCAUCUACGUUGGAGAGGUGAACCCCAACAGCAUUGCAGCCAAAGAUGGCCGGAUCCGCGAGGGGGACCGCAUCGUCCAGAUUAAUGGCGUGGACGUGCAGAACCGGGAGGAGGCAGUGGCCAUCCUGAGCCAGGAGGAGAACACCAACAUCUCCCUUUUGGUGGCCCGGCCCGAGAGCCAGCUGGCGAAGCGGUGGAAGGACAGUGACCGGGAUGACUUCCUGGAUGACUUUGGCUCUGAGAACGAGGGGGACCUGCGCGCGCGGAAGCUGCAAUCCCCACCUGCCCAGCAGCCUGGAAAUGCAGAGGAGCAAGGGGCCCCCGGUGCAGGCCCCGGCCUCAGCAACAGCCAGGAGCUGGACAGUGGGGUGGGCCGCACCGACGAGAGCACACGCAACGAGGAGAGCUCCGAGCACGACCUGCUCGGGGACGAGCCCCUGAGCGCCACCAACACCCCUGGGAGCCUGCGCAAGUUCGGCCUGCAGGGGGACGCCCUGCAGAGCCGCGACUUCCACUUCAGCAUGGACUCCCUGCUGGCCGAGGGCGCGGGGCUGGGCGGGGGCGACCUCCCUGGGCUCACCGACGCGGAGUAUGAGCGCUACCGGGAGCUGCUGGAGAUCAAGUGCCACCUGGAGAACGGCAACCCGCUGGGCCUCCUCUUCCCGCGCGCCUCCGCUGGCGACGGCGCCCUGGACGUGAACCGCAACGAGAGCCUGGGCCACGAGGUGGCCAUGCUGGAGGAGGAGCUGCGACACCUGGAGUUCAAGUGCCGCAACAUCCUGCGGGCGCAGAAGAUGCAGCAGCUGCGGGAGCGCUGCAUGAAGGCCUGGCUGCUGGAGGAGGACAGCCUGUACGGCCCGGGCGCCGGCGAGCCGAAGAAGCACGAGCUGUCGGACAUCUCCGAGCUGCCCGAGAAGUCGGACAAGGACAGCACCAGCGCCUACAACACCGGGGAGAGCUGCCGCAGCACCCCGCUGCUUGCGGAACCCCUGCCCGAGAGCCCUUUACGGCGGGCUGCCGCGGGCAACCCCAGCGUGAACCGGGCCCCCUGCGGGGCCCCCGUCAGCAGCCACCCCAAGACGGCGCUGCCACCGGGCAGCCCCGCCAAGUUCCGAUCGCUCUCACGGGAUCCCGAGGUGGGCCGGAGACAGCACUCGGAGGAGAGGGCGCGCCGUGGCCCCAAAACCGGGGUGACUCUGGAGCGCGGGGGCCCCGAAGGCAGCCCUUACCUGUCGCGUCGCCCCCGCGGCCCGGGCCAGGAGAGUGAGCAGUACCACAGCUGCAUGCAGCUGGCCCCGCCACGCGGCCUGGAGGAGCUGGGCCACGGCCCCUUGGGUCUGGCCGGCGGCCCCCGAGUGGGUGGCGCGGUGGCAGCCUCCGAAGCACCCCGCAUGGAGUGGAAGGUGAAGGUGCGCAGCGAUGGGACCCGCUACGUGGCCAAGCGGCCGGUGCGUGACCGCCUCUUGAAGGCGCGGGCCCUGAAGAUCCGCGAGGAGCGCAGCGGCAUGACCACCGACGACGACGCCGUGAGCGAGAUGAAGAUGGGGCGCUACUGGAGCAAGGAGGAGCGCAAGCAGCACCUCAUCCGCGCCCGCGAGCAGCGGAAGCGGCGUGAGUUCAUGAUGCAGAGCCGGCUGGAGUGCCUGCGCGAGCAGCAGGGCGCCGACGGCAAGGCCGAGCUCAACAUCAUCGCCUUGAGCCACCGCAAGACCAUGAAGAAGCGGAACAAGAAGAUCCUGGACAACUGGAUCACCAUCCAGGAGAUGCUGGCCCACGGCGCGCGCUCAGCCGACGGCAGGCGCGUCUACAACCCGCUGCUCUCCGUCACCACCGUCUGAGGCGCCCGGCCGGGCUCCCUCCCUCCCUUCGGGUCUGGUGUGUCUGUGCCACCAGAGAAUCCCUGGGGAGGCGCGCCGGACACCCCUCAGCUGUGUGCGUGUCUCAUGAGCCCUGAGCACACCCCAUGGGGACUUGGGGUACUGGAGGAGCCGAGGAGGAGUGCAAGGAGGACAGGCUGCCUCAAGCACAAGAGACCGGCCACUUUCAGGUGGUUACUUGUAGACAAGGCGGCCUGGGUUUCGUGAUCCCCCCCCCCC